UCACAAAAUAUAUAUAUAGAAAUAAAAGAAAAUAAAAACAUCAUACUUCUCUCUCUCUAACGUUACCCGUUCCCUGUUCUUCCGAAAAUCGCGACUCUUCCGAAAAAAGAAAAAAAGAAAAAUAAACGGAUCCAAAAAAAAACAAAAUAUUACCUUUACCCCAAAAAAAUAAACAACAAACAAACCCUAACCCUAGCUUUCCUAUUUCCCUACCACAACAACAACAACAACAACAUCUUUCUCUUUAUUUCUCCUAUACCAAAUAAUAAUACAAAUCUCAUAUCGUUAUUUAUCUAUCUUUUGUCGGUGUAGAUUUGUAGGUUUCCGGUUGUCGGUGAUGUAUGGUGGCGGCGGCGGAGAUGAGCGGUGGUAACGGCGGCGGUGGGAGAUGUCUGCGGCGAAGGAAGAUAAUGGAAAAGGAAUGCCCAAUAUCUGUUUCUAGGGUUUCGGAAAAUAAUGAAAUUACAGAAAGGCCCUUGAAGUUUGAUGAAAUUACGGAAUUGCCCCAACAAAUAGAUUUUUACACACAGGCAAGAAAAGCUUUGUGUUUACGUUGUCCUUUUGAUUCUUCUGAGGAUGCUGCUAAUGCUACUACUACUACUACUUCUACUCAGCAUACUGCGCACCUUACUUUACCUAAUAAUUUAGCUCAGUUGUUAAAUAAACAUUCUGAUAGUAGAAAAAGGCAUAAGAAGUCGAAUGUAGGUACCGAAACGAAGAAGAAGUCGUCGUCGAGACAAAAGGGAGGUCGUAAUACUGGAUUUUGGGAUCAUGUUGAGGAAUACUUUCGUCAAUUAAAUGUGGAUGAUAUUGAUAGAUUGUAUAAACUUGGGUCUUUCGAGUUUUCGGGUAAUGAUAAUCGGAAUUUAUUGUAUGUUCCUACACUUGACAAUGUGGGUAGUGUGGUUAAUGGUAGUGGGGUAAAUGAUAGUGGGGCGACGGUUAAAGAAGAGAAGGAUAAUGAGCAAUUUAUGGAUGUGGAUAGUGAAGGAGGAAAGGAAAAGGAAACCGAAUUGCCUAAAGAAGAAAAUGAUGGAAACGUGAAGCCCUGUUCGUCGUCUCAGUCUUUGCCUUUUAGUGGGUUAGAAUGGCUAUUAGGUUCUAGGAAUAAGAUAUAUAUUGCCUCUGAACGACCCUCGAAGAAAAGGAAGCUUUUGGGUGGAGAUGCAGGGUUGGAGAAGCUUCUAGUUGCUCGUCCUGUAGAAGGGUCCGUUUCGUUUUGUCACUAUUGUAGUUUAGGCGACCAUGGUGAUGUGUUGAACAGACUGAUCGUUUGUAGUUCUUGUAAUGUCGCUGUUCAUCAGAGAUGCUAUGGUGUGCAGGAUGAUAUUGAGGGUUCUUGGUUGUGUUCUUGGUGCAAGCAAAAGAACGAGAUGGUAAGUAAUGACAAGCCAUGUGUGCUUUGCCCAAAAAGCGGCGGUGCUUUGAAACCAUGUAGGGAAAGAGGUCAAGAAUCUUCUGGACUGGAGUUUGCUCACUUGUUUUGUUCUCAGUGGAUGCCUGAGGUAUUUGUUGAGAAUACUAGGAUCAUGGAGCCAAUAAUGAAUGUCGAUGGUAUAAAGGAUACACGGAAGAAGUUAAUUUGUUAUCUGUGCAAGGUGAAACAUGGGGCGUGUGUUCGGUGCAGUAAUGGGGCUUGUAGGACUUCUUUCCAUCCUAUAUGUGCCAGGGAAGCAAGGCACAAAAUGGAGAUAUGGGGGAAACUUGGAUGUGAUGAUGUUGAAUUACGCGCAUUCUGCGUGAAGCAUUCAGAUCUCCAGAUCAAUAGUAGCAGUCAACAAGGUAGAGGAACUGCAGUAGACAUUUCUUGUGUCACAGGUAACAGUCAGUUGGCAGCGUCAGUUACAGCCAAACCACACAAGCUAAAGCUUGGCUUAAGAAAUGGAGACAAAACAGUGUUGCACACCGACAAUUCUAUCUCGGGUUUAGAUAAGUUGAAUGGUGAUGCAUUACAUCAGGAUGGACUGCUAGAGAAGGGCUUGAGUGUUAAACGUCAAACAGAAUGCGGUGUUUCACAGCAGCCUGUUGAUUGGGGGUUUUGUGAAAAUAAAGAUGGCGAUGUGGCUGAUCCUGUAUAUUUCACCUUGAUAUUAAAAAAGUUAAUAGAGCAGAAAAAAGUUGAUGUGAAAGAUGUUGCUGUGGAGAUUGGCGUACCUUCAGACUUGUUGGCCUCAAUGCUCAACGAUGAUAAAAUGGUUCCUGACAUACAGUUCAAGGUAGCUAAGUGGUUGAAGAAUCAUGCUUAUAUUGGAAGUUUACAGAAAACUCUAAAAGUUAAAAUUAAAUCCACGAUAGUGCCAAAAGUUGAGGCUGGUGUGGUGGAUGAUUUGGAUUCCAUUAGAGUUACAGAACCCGAGAUUACAGACUUCGUACCCGUCAAGUCUGUACCACCUCGAAGAAGAACCAAAAACAAUAUCAGGGUUGUGAAAGAUGGUGAAUCACUUUAUUCACCUAAGGAGACACUCAACAUUGACGGAGUAGCUGCAGAAGAAGCUAAAACUAGUGUGAAUGGAAGGGAAGAUUCAAGUUGUCCAAGAGAGCUUCCUUCUGCUGGUGUGCGGAAGGUUAUGGUUGAGACUAUUCCCUCAAAAGCAACUCUAGCGGGUGAUCCCAACAGUGAUGAAGAGCCAUCAAAGGUUUCAAUCCAUUGCCCUGGCAAUGGUCAAGUGGAGCAGGGUGCUUUAUCUGAUCAGAAUCUUGCGACUUUUGCUGAUAUGAGCAGCACGAUUUCGUCGGUUUCUUUCGAUCACUUACCAGAUGUCCUUAAACGGGAAGCAUUCCAUAACUCUUACAUUCACCCUUUUAUUCAGAAUAGAUUAAGGCAAAUGGAGAGCGGGGUUCCUUUGGACGAUUUGAGACAGGGUGAGGUUUCUCAGAUUGAAGCAUCUUCCAGUUCAGGAAUCUGCUGCAGCCAACAUUCGCAACAAUCAGCUUCUGGCAACCUCCUCAAAUUGAAUGGUGCAUGCCCUGAACAGUUGGUGAAAGCGAGUGCUAUGGGCCUGCUGGAGCUUUCACCAGCAGAUGAGGUGGAAGGAGAGCUAGUUUAUUACCAACACAGACUGCUUUGUAAUGCUGCUGGAAGAAAACGUUUUAGUGAUGAUUUAAUUGUUAAGGUUGUGAAUAGUCUCCAACAGGAGACUGAUGCUGCUAGACAACGAGAAUGGGAUACAGUGUUAGUUAGCCAAUAUCUUUAUGAGCUUAGGGAAGCCAAAAAGCAAGGAAGGAAAGAAAAACGACAUCAGGAGGCUCAGACUGUACUGGCUGCUGCAACUGCGGCAGCUGCCGCAUCGUCUAGGAUUUCAUCAUUGAGGAAAGACAAUGUAGAAGAAUCCACGCACCAGGAGGUUAUGAAUGCUACCAAUGAAAGGCUUAGGCUUUCUUCCCAACAGCAUCCUCGGGUCAAGGAGACGCUUUCAAGGCCAACCGGUGUGCGGAUAUUACCAGAAACUAACUCUGAUCUUGUCCAGCUAGGUUCAGAUAUUUCAAAAGACCAUGCCAGAACUUGUGAUGUCUGUAGACGGUCCGAGACCAUUUUGAAUCCUAUUCUAGUUUGUACGAGCUGCAAGGUUGCUGUUCACUUGGAUUGCUAUCGAAGUGUAAGAAACUCAACAGGCCCUUGGUAUUGUGAACUAUGCGAGGAGUUAUUGUCAUCUGGGGGCUCUGGAGCUCAAGCUUCUUAUCUUUGGGAGAAGGAGAAACCAUGUUUUGUUGCUGAAUGUGGGUUAUGUGGCGGUACUGCUGGUGCUUUUAGAAAGUCAAAUGAUGGUCAAUGGGUUCACGCCUUCUGUGCUGAAUGGACCUUUGAAUCAACAUUCAGAAGAGGACAAGUACAUCCAAUUGAGGGACUGGCAACUGUCCCCAAGGGCAAUGAUGUCUGCCUCGUUUGCCAGCGGAGAAAAGGUGUAUGCGCUAAGUGUAGUUAUGGUCACUGUCAGAGUACAUUCCAUCCCUCGUGUGCCAGAAGUGCUGGCUUGUUUUUAAGCAUGAGAACUAAUGGUGGCAAGUUGCAGCACAAAGCUUAUUGUGAUAAACAUAGUUUGGAACAGAGACUUAAGUCUGAGACUCAGAGACAUGGGGUAGAAGAAUUGAAGAGUCUGAAGCAAGUCAGGGUUGAAUUUGAGCGAUUACGGCUAUUAUGCGAAAGGAUCGUUAAGCGGGAGAAGCUGAAGCGUGAAGUAAUCCUUUGCUCACAUGAUAUUCUGGCUUCAAGUAGAGACAACGCUGUUUUAUCUGCUCUAACUCGACACCCUUACUUCCAACCUGAUGUUAGUUCAGAUUCAGCUACUACGACAUCUAUUAAAGGCUACACGGAUGGCUGUAAAUCAGGCAGUGAAACAAUACAAAGAUCAGAUGACAUAACGGUAGACAGUGCUAUAGCAGGAAAACGGCAUAUUAAGUUUCCUGUGAAUAUGGAUUGUGAUCGGAAGACUGAUGAUAGUUCUACAUCACCCAACCCUGUUACACAGAACCCGGCACAACGGGUGUCUUUUUCUGGGAAGCAAAUCCCAUAUAGAGCUUCUUCCAAUUCUACAGAUCAUGGUGACAAGCGAUUGAGAUACAGAAAGCAUAUGGAAACUUUUGAGAAAGAGCUGUUAAUGACUUCAAAUCAAGCCUCAGUGAAGAACCAGCGAUUACCUAAAGGGUACGUCUAUGUCCCAAUCCGGUGCCUUCCUAAGGAGGAGGAAGCUGCUCCAGAUGAGUGUUCUGGAGAACCACUGGAUCCUGAUGGAUAGAUGUUAGCUCAGUCAUUGUAGGAUUUUGGUUCCAACGAGCAACCCAUAUCUGGCAUUUUGCUGCUCGUACACCAUUUUUAUCUGAACCUCCAGGGAGGAUGGCUUAAUUAAAGAUAAUAUGUUGACAACAAGCGCGCUUCCAGGACCCAUCGAGAUUAGGUUGAGGACGGUAUUUGAUUGUUGUAUAUUCAUUCAGAGCUUACUGUACAGUGGAUCUUGGACUGGUUUGAAUGGCUCCGUCACGAUGGUUUUUUUUUUCUGAGCUGGGUGGUGACAAUAGCUCUGCUUCUUGUAAUUGUAUACAGUAGUUAGAAGAUAUCACCUACUACGCAAGCCUUGUAAAGUUAUUGUAAAUACUCUUAAAAUGUUAAUUGAAAGCAAUUAGCGCAA